CGGAUGAAUCGCGAUCGUGUUUAAACUGAUCUGAGCUUCCCGAGCAGAGCCAUUCCAAUGUCGCCUUGGGCCUUACUCUUUCUAGCCGCCCACCUCGCGGCCGGCGAGCCCACCUCCAUCACGACCCUCACCGCCACCCCGGCGAAGCCGACCAAACCAGACCACGCAGUCACCCUCCAAUGGUCCAACCUCCCCGACCCGAGCCCGCUCGACUACGUGGCCGUCUACUCCCCGCCGUCCUCCGGCGACCUCGACUACCUCGGCUUCCUCUUCCUCAACUCCUCCGCCUCCUGGGCCACGGGCGCCGGCAGCCUCACGCUCCCGCGCCUGCCCGACCUGCGCGCCCCCUACCAGUUCCGCCUCUUCCGGGGCCCGCCGGGCCGGAACCCGCGCGUUGACCAGCAUGUCGACCCGCUCCCCGACGCCAGCCGCCGCGCCGCCGUCUCGGGCAACGUGGCCUACGAGGGAUCCGGCGCCCGGCCCGCCCAGCUGCACCUGGCGUUCACCGACGAGGUGGACGAGAUGCGGGUGCUGUUCGUGUGCGGCGACGGCGGGAGGAGGUCGGUGAGGUACGGGCCCGCCGGCCGGCGCGAGGAGGAGUGGGAAGAGGCGCCGGCGGAGGUGAGCACGUACGAGCAGCGCCACAUGUGCGGCUACCCGGCGAACCAUAGCGUCGGGUGGCGCCACCCUGGGUUCGUCUUCGACGGCGUCAUGGAGGGGCUGCGGCCUGGGUCAAGGUACUUCUACAAGGUUGGCAAUGAUCUAGGAGGUUGGAGUGAGACAUACAGCUUCAUCUCACGCGACACCGAGGCCAACGAGACCAUCGCAUUCCUCUUUGGUGAUCUGGGCACUUACGUUCCUUACAACACCUACUUUCGAACACCUCAAGAAAGUCUGUCAACUGUGAAAUGGAUUCUCCGUGAUCUCCAGGCCCUUAACGACAAACCUGCAGUCAUUUCACAUAUCGGUGACAUCAGCUACGCCAAGGGUUAUGCGUGGUUAUGGGAUCAUUUCUUCGAACAGAUUGAGCCUAUUGCCGCCAAUACACCAUACCAUGUCUGCAUUGGGAAUCAUGAGUACGACUGGCCUUCCCAACCUUGGAAACCCUCCUGGGCUGAAAACAUCUAUGGUGGGAAUGAUGCUGGCGGCGAAUGCGGAGUACCAUACAGCAUCAAGUUCAAAAUGCCUGGAAAUUCUUCUCUCCCUACCAGCACCAUUGCUCCUGACACCCGGAAUCUCUACUACUCCUCUGACGCAGGUGUUGUUCAUUUUGUUUACAUGUCUACUGAGACUGACUUCACUCAUGGGAGUGAUCAAUACAAUUUUAUAAAAGCCGACCUCGAGCGCCUCAACCGGAGUCGAACACCAUUUGUCGUGUUCCAGGGCCACCGUCCGAUGUACACCUCAAGCAACGAGUCCAAGGACACGGCUCACAGGGAGCAGAUGAUUCAGCAUCUGGAGCCUCUCUUUGUGAAACACGGCGUGACACUCGCUCUGUGGGGGCAUGUUCACAGGUAUGAGAGGUUCUGCCCCAUGAAGAACUAUCAGUGCCUUAACACUUCGUCGAGCUUCGUGGACCCUGGUGCUCCUGUGCAUGUUGUGAUCGGGAUGGCUGGGCAGGACUACCAAGCAAGCUGGGAACCGAGACCUGACCACCCCGAAGUCCCCAUAUUCCCGCAGCCGCAGAGGUCCAUGUACCGUGGCGCUGAAUUCGGGUACGCAAAACUUGUGGCCACAAGGGAGAAGUUGACACUGACAUACAUUGGUAACCAUGAUGGGCAAGUCCAUGACAUGGUUGAAAUAUUUUCGCCGCAAUUCGAUACCGACAGCGCACCUGAUAAGCUGGUGGGUGCGAUGCCGAAGAAGAUGAGAUACCUGGGAAUUGCCAGCAGCGUGAUGCUUGCGAUGCUGCUUGGAUUCAUGGCUGGCUUUGCUGUUAGAAGGAAGACGGACCCGGCACGAUGGAGUCCUGUACAAGAUGAGGAAUCCUAAUUACUUCACCCUUACUCGAUUGUGUUGAAGUGUAAGAGAUCUACCAAUGUUCCUGUUUCAACAACCUUUACUCACUAUUCUGGCAAUGUUUUCUCCAAUGUGGUGAAAAAUGUAAUCCCAAUCAGGGCUACUAUAAUUUGCAAGGCCCCUUCAAGGUUUAACUUUUUUUACAGUGCAUUUAUGUGCCAUUUACAGUGUAAAAAAUAUGUAAUUUGCAAGGCCCCUUCACACGAUAUUUGAAGACUAUGGUUGCAAGAACUGUAAUUUUUUUACAGUGCAUUCCCAAGCAAGAAGAUACAGUAGAUCACAUGACUGUAGUUUAUUUGUUAGUGUUUUUACCUCAAUAUGUGUGCCACUCCCAGUUGAAACUAUACUACUAUUGCAUUACAGUGCAUCUUCUGUAUUAUUUAAAGUGCAACACGAAAUGUAGUUUUCAUGCAAAGCUAUAGUAUUUUUUAACCAUCUCUUCAAGUUGUUUGUUGCUGGAUACUAAACUAAUGUUAUUUGUUUACAGUGCAUCUUCUGUAGUACUCCCUCCGUCCUAUAAAAUAAGAGUGUUUUUGACACUAGUGUAGUGUCAAAAACGCUCUUAUAUAAUGGGACGGAAGGAGUAUUAUUUACAGUGCAACAAGAACUGUAAAACUCAUGCAAAGCUAUAGUAAUUUUGAUCCAUAGUUUUAAAGUUGUUUGCUGCUUGAUACUAAACUACUGUUGUUUUUUUAUAGUGCAUCUUCUUUGUUAUAUAUAGUGCAAUAAGAGCUGUAAUUCUCCUGCAAAGCUAUAGUAAUUUUGAACCAUCGACUUUUAAGUUGUUUGCUGCCCCCAGUGUUACAGUGAGCUUACUGGGAUUUUAAUGUGUAUGUGUCACAGUGAAUAGCAUGAUGCAUGUAACUAUGUCAGGUAACACUAAUUUUCUAGUCCGCUCGUUAUGUUGUUUUUCCCUUUUUACAGUUAGCUAAAAGGAUUUGUAUUAUGCAGGUGUCACUGGGAAUAGCUUGAUGCAUGUUUGUGUGUUUUUCUGUCAAAAGGAUUUCACAUUCCAAUAGAACAAUACCCAUGGCUCUUCUUUUUGCUUGUUCUGUCAGAUUUAUUACUGUUGAACCUUAGCAAUGCUAGAGAGGAUUUUUUUUUUUUUGACAGAACUACUACUCAUGUGAUCUACUGUAUUUAUCAGCCCUUAUUCCCCUAGAGAACUUCUGAGUAGUAAUGGGAUCUUACAAACAGAGCUAUCCUGUCACCAUAGAGUGAUUCUA